AGGAGCUGCUGGGGGCUGGUGGCACUGCCGGGGGCUGGUGGCUCUGGUAGGGGCUGGUGACACUGCCAGGGGUUGGUGGCAUUUCCAGGGACUGGUGGCACUGCCAGGGGCUGGUGGCACUGAUAGGGGCUGGUGGCUCUGGUAGGGGCUGGUGACACUGCCAGGGGUUGGUGGCAUUUCCAGGGACUGGUGGCACUGCCAGGGGCUGGUGGCACUGCCGGGGGCUGGUGGCACUGAUAGGGGCUGGUGGCAUUUCCGGGAGCUGGUGACACUGCCAGGAGCUGGCACUGCCAGGAGCUGGUGGCAUUUCCAGGAGCUGGCACUGCCAGGAGCUGGUGGCAUUUCCAGGAGCUGGUGGCAUUUCCAGGAGCUGGUGGCAUUUCCAGGGGCUGGUGGCAUUUCCAGGGGCUGGUGGCACUGCCAGGGGCUGGUGGCACUUCUAAGGAUCUGGUGGCACCUCCAAGGAUUCAGUGACACCCCCAGGACCCAGUGACACCUCAAGAACCCAGUGACACCUCCAGAACUCGGUGACACUGCCAGAACCCAGUGACACCUCUAAGGACCCAGUGGCACCUUCAGAACCUGGUGACACCUCCAAGGACUCAGUGACAUCUCCAGAACCCGGUGACACCUUCAGGACCUGGUGGCACCUUCAGGAGCCGGUGACACAUCCAAGGACUCAGUGACACCUCCAAGGACCUGGUGACACCUCCAGGAUCUGGUGUCACCCCCAGGACGUGGUGACACCUCCAGAACCCAGUGACACCCCAAGGACUCGGUGACACCUCCAGGACCCGGUGACAUCUCCAACAUCCAGUGACACCUCCAGGAGCUGCUGUCCCCCAGGAUCCGGUGACACCUCCAGGACCUGGUGACACCUCCAGGACCCGGUGACAUCUCCAGAAACCGGUGACAUCUCCAGCAUCCAGUGAGACCUCCAGGACCCAGUGACACCCCAGGACCUGCUGUCCCCCCAGGACCUGCUGUCCCCCAGAACCUGCUGUCCCCCCAGAACCUGCUGUCCCCCCAGGACCUGCUGUCCCCCCAGAACCUGCUCUCCCCCAGCCCCCUGUCCCGCUGUCCCCCCUGUCCCUGUGUCCCCCUGUCCCGUGUCCCCCUGUCCCCAGCCCCCUGUCCCGUGUCCCCAUGUGCCAGCCCCGGCUGUGGCUGCUGCUGGCGCUGCUGGCCGGGCAGUGGCCGCGCCGGGGCCGAGCUGGGCCGUGCCAGGACGGGCUGGAGCCGCGGCAGCUCUGGGGCGGCGGCACCAAGUGCUGCCCCCACUGCACCUGGAGGGCAGGAGAUGCCUCCCCCUGCCAGGCAGAGGACAACGACUGCAAAUGUCCCGAGGGCUUCGGCUGCUCCGACAAGCCCUGUCACUUCUGCCAGAGCCUGCCCCGCUGUGAGCCGGGCUGGGAGCCCCACAGGAUCGGAACGGAGAAUUUCCAGUUCGAGUGCAAGCCCUGCGAGAACGGCUCCUACUCCAGCAGCAGGAACAGCCAGUGCCACAACUGGACUGACUGUGAGAGCAGCGGGUACGUCACGCUCCGGGCAGGGAACAGCACCCACAACUCCGUGUGCAGCCUUCCCGUGGGACCUCUGGAGAGAGCUUGGAUUCCCCUGGAAUUCCCAUCCAGCACCAUCCUGGCCAUCCUGACGGCCGUGGCCGUGUUCGUGCUCAUCCUGCUCACGUUCCUGCUGCACUUCUGCAUCUGGAGCCUCCGCAGGGACAAGAAACUCCCAGCUGCAGAUUUGGGGCUGAGCUUCCCCCGGCCGCUGCCGCUGCAGGGGGAGGAGUCGCACAGCAUCCAGUUCCCGGAGGAGGAGCACGGCGACAAAACCGCCGAGGAGAAAAACUCCAGCCUGUCCCUCAAAGUCUACAGCGAGCUCAGAUAGUGGGAUCCUGCUCUGGGAGCACCGGGAAUUCGGGAUUCCCAAAAAAAAAAAAAAAAA